UUUUCGCCGACAAGAUGGCGGCGGUGGCGAAGGUGGCGGGGUUGGUGGCGCCAACGGCUUUGUUUCCUCUCAGCGUUUGAAGCUGGCCGCCUCCGGCCCGGCCGCGAAAGACAGCGACGGAGACAUGACCGCGGAGCCCGCGAGUGAAAGCAAAUUGAAUACAUUGGUGCAGAAGCUUCAUGACUUCUUGGCUCACUCAUCAGAAGAAUCGGAGGAUGCAAAUUCUCCUCCAAGACUAUCAAUGAGCAAAAAUAUAGAUAGUGACAGUAUGCCUGGAAAUAUUCCAGCCCCAGUGGAAAACAACAAAGAAGAGGGUAGUAGCUCUUCUGAGAGAUCCAAAUCAUUAGGAUCAUCACGCUCCAAAAGAAAACCCACAGUUGUAACGAAAUAUGUUGGCUCAGAUGAAGAACAAACUUUAGAUGAAACCAUUACUCAAGAUAUUUCAAAUGAAAACUCGGAAAAUGAAGUUGAUAUGAAAAGUUUGCCAAAAGGAACUGUUGUAGUACAACCAGAGCCAGUACUUAAUGAAGACAAAGAUGACUUUAAAGGACCUGAAUUUAGGAACAGAAAUACUGCUAAACUAAAACCAGAAGCUCAGAAGAAGCGAGGAGAGGAAGGGCUUCAUGGAAUUGUUAGCUGUACAGCUUGUGGUCAGCAGGUGAAUCAUUUUCAAAAAGAUUCUAUCUACAGACAUCCAACAUUGAAAGUUCUUAUAUGUAAGACUUGCUUCAAAUAUUAUAUGAGUGACGAUAUCAGCCGUGAUGCAGAUGGGAUGGACGAACAGUGUAGAUGGUGUGCUGAAGGUGGAAACUUAAUUUGCUGUGACUUUUGCCAUAACGCAUUCUGCAAAAAAUGUAUAUUGCGCAAUUUAGGCCGAAAGGAGCUGUCAACUAUAAUGGAUGAAAAUAAUCAAUGGCAUUGCUACAUCUGUCAACCAGAACCUUUGUUGGACUUGGUCACUGCUUGUGAUAGUGUAUUUGAAAAUUUGGAACAAUUAUUACAGCAAAAUAAGAAGAGAAUCAGAGUCGACAGUGAUAAAAGUAAAAUGUAUGAUAAUUCCCUUAAAUAUUCUUCAAAGAAAAAUAGUUCAAAUUGUAAUGGAGAAGAAAAGAAAUUAGAUCAUCCAUAUUCUGGUGCUGUAACUUAUUCUUAUAAAGCAUUAAUGGUGCCAAAAGUACUGCUGAAAAAAACAAAAAAGCUUGCUGAAACCACAACUAACAUGAAUGCUAGUUUUAUAAAGUUUCUCAAGGAGGCAGCUGAAAAUUCUGAAAUAAACAGAACAGUACAUAUACGUCAGCUGAAGGCUUUUAAGUCUGUGUUAAAUGACAUUAGAAAGGCUCAUGCAGCCUUGGAGGAAGAUCUGGACCUCGAGAUUCAAACUCUGGGUGUUAAAUUCAAACCGAAACAUACCAAAGAGAAAGAAUCAGAAAUUAAAACGAGUAACAGUGAAAUGAAAAGAACAGAAGGAAAAGAAUGCAAAGAAAUUAAAACUGUAUCGGAAGUCAGUGAGCCUUCCAGUGAUCAAAGUGUGCCAGUAACAGAACGGAUGGGAAACAAAAAAUUGAACUGCAAAGAUAAAAAGUCUGGCAAAAGUGAAGACCUUCAAUAUAAACCUGAUAACACUGAAGCAACAGAUAUGGACAUUGUUUCUGUUCCGUCAUCUGUUCCUGAGGAUAUUUUUGAAUCCUGUAUGGAUGUGCAGAAAGCAGGUGGACAGAGUACUGUAAACAGAACAGAACAUGGUUCAGGAAAUACUAAUAAAUCUAAAGAUAGUAAAAAUGGGACUAAGUUGAUACAUUCUCCAAAAGUUAAGAAGGAAUUGGUUGUAAAAUUGACACCAGUUUCCUUAUCUUCUCCUGUGAAACCUGAGGAUCCAGAUGAAAAACUGGAAAGGGAAGAGGACAAAGAAGAUGGAAAUGAAAAUUGUAGUUCUGAAUGUAUACCAGAAAAAGAUUUGCUUUCACAAGUAGAAGAUCUCAGAAGGUCUCCACGAGUUAAAACUACACCUUUAAGGCGUCCAACUGACAUGAAUACCUUAACUUCUAAUUCUGAGGAAGAUAGCAAUGAACCAUAUGGUGAAAAGUAUGGCAGAAAAACCACACAGUCCAAAGGGAAAAAAGACAAGCCGAGUUCUCCCAGCGGCACUGUUUGCAGUCCUCAGUCAAGCAAAGGGCUUGCUGUAGACCAGAGUUCUGAUUCUGAUGAAAUGCCUGCUGUUCUCCAAGAGGUAGCCAUGAUGAGCCAGAAUUCUUCAGAUCUUGAUAGCAGCAAUGAAAUAUCCAAGGAUGCGCUAAAUACAUUAAAGAAGCAAAUGGUGAAGGAGGAGAAUGGAAAACGAAAAAGGAAGAGUUCUACCUCUGGGUCAGAGUUUGAUGCUAAGAAAGGUAAUUCAAAUAAAGAUUUAGGUGCUGCUAAAAAGAAACGCCAGAACUCCUCAGAUUCUUCUAAUAAUGAUUCUGAAUUGGAAAGAGACAAUACAACAAAAACAGAGCAGACAAAGAAAACUACAAAAGAAAUGCCAAAGAAAGAAGAUUCUGUUUCUGUGGAAGAGGAAUUAUCUAAAAAAGAAACGAGAGAAUCAAACCAGAAGCAGCAAAAUGAAUUGCCCAGUGAAGUUGAUGAGUGCUUAAUUUCAGACAAGGAGAAGGCAGGCAGUUCUUUGGAAGAUACACCUGGUAAAGAGGCCCCUGUUAAAGUAAAGCUGGGGCCCGAUUGCAAAGAGAGGGCAUUGAAAGGAAGACAGAAUGUUUCCUCUAGAAAAGACAACAGCAGCACUUCAGGCAAGCAGGGCAAACCAUGGGGGAAACGACAGGAUUUAUCUUCUGAUGACGCAGGACAGUCCCCAAAGCAAGAACCAAGUGGCGAGUCCUCAGAUGAUACCAAGAAAGCCAAAAAAGAAAAAAGCAUAAAUGAGAGAAAGACCUCUGAAAGGAGGCAAAGUGAUUCCUGUUCUGAAAUUGAGAAGCCUUCUCCGGAAAAAGAAAGGUGCAGUGCUUCUGGAAGCAGCAGUAAAAACCAAAAAACACUUGAAGGAAAAACAGGAAGGAACUUGAGGGGGAGGACUUCUAAGAAACUCCAAGAUAAUGUUUCAGAUGCUGAGAAGUCUCCCCCAAACCAAACAGUCGGUGACCCUUUGGAAGACAAUUUAAAUAAAAAGGGAGAGAAAGCUAAAGAGAAGAAGAAGAAAAACCCUAAAAGGAGGGAUUCAAAAAACCCGAGAGGCGAGUUGCUGUCUUCUUCCGAUGAAGACUUCUAUGAGGAGAAAAAGAACAAAAAGAGAGGGGCGGCCAAGAAGGGAAGUGGCAAAGGGGCCUCUAAAGAGACAGGGAAACCUGAGCUUAAAAAAGCCAAGGACGCAUCCCUCAGUGCUACCGCCACAUCAUCCUCAUCGAACGAAGCUGAAAAUGAAAAUUUGAAUUCGGUGGGCGAGGAAAGCAGUGAUGAGCAGAAAAUAAAGCUAGUAACAGAAAGUUUGUUGGUGGACAGAAAACUGGGAUUUUUUCAGUCUUCAGGGGAUGAAGGAGAGCAUCACUCUGCAGCUGUGCCGAUGGAAGAAGAGGAAGAUGACGAUGAGGAUCCUGAGAAUAGAAUUGCCAAGAAAAUGCUUUUAGAAGAAAUCAAAGCCAAUCUUUCCUCAGAGGAGGAUGCUUCUUCUGAUGAAGAAUCCAAUGAUGGGAAGAAAAAGAAAGGAAGGCAAGCCAAAAACAUAAAUAACAGUGGAGAGAAUGAACAAGAAGAGGAGUUUGACUCGGAUUCAGAUGCCGAAGAGGCCAAGAAACCGAGAUACAGGCACCGUUUGUUAAGGCACAAAUUAACCAUGAGUGAUGGAGAGUCCGAGGAAGAGAAAGGGGGAAAAUCUAAAGAGGCAAAAGAAGUUAAACGCAGAAAUAGGAGGAAGGUGAGCAGUGAGGAUUCAAGUAAUUCAGAAGCCAAUGAAUCUGGAAUUAGUGAAGAAGUGAGUGAAUCUGAAGACGAUCAACGUCCUAGAACCAGAUCCGCUAAGAAAGCAGAAAUAGAAGAAAAUCAGAGGAGUUACAAACAGAAGAAGAAAAGGAGACGCAUAAAAGUCCAGGAAGACUCAUCUAGUGAAAAUAACAAGAGUAAUACUGAAGAUGACGAUAAUGAUGAUUCUAAAUCUCCCGGAAAAGGCAGGAAAAAAAUAAGGAAGAUUAUUAAAGAUGAUAAACUCAGAAGAGAAACACAAAAUGCAUUGAAAGAAGAAGAGGAGAGACGAAAACGGAUUGCAGAAAGGGAACGUGAAAGGGAGAAGCUCAGAGAAGUGAUAGAACUAGAAGAUACACAUUUGAAAUGUCCAAUUACAACUAAGCUGGUUUUAGAUGAAGAUGAAGAAACCAAAGAACCAUUGCUGCAAGUUCAUCGAAACAUAGUGACAAAGCUUAAACCUCAUCAAGUAGAUGGUGUUCAGUUCAUGUGGGAUUGCUGUUGUGAAUCUCUGAAAAAAACCAAGAAAUCUUCAGGCUCUGGAUGCAUUCUGGCCCACUGUAUGGGUUUGGGAAAGACCUUGCAGGUAGUUAGUUUCCUUCAUACCAUUUUGCUUAGUGACAAACUGGAUUUCAGAACUGCCCUUGUUGUGUGCCCGUUGAACACAGCCCUCAACUGGAUGAAUGAAUUUGAAAAAUGGCAAGAAGGCCUGGAAGACGAUGAAAAACUUGAGGUCGCUGAACUAGCAACCGUGAAACGCCCUCAAGAGAGGGGCUUUAUGUUGCAAAGGUGGCAGGAUGAAGGCGGCGUCAUGAUCAUAGGCUACGAAAUGUAUCGUAACCUUGCACAAGGGAGGAAUGUGAAGAGCAGAAAACUGAAGGAAAUAUUUAACAAAUCAUUGGUUGAUCCUGGCCCAGAUUUUGUUAUCUGUGAUGAAGGACAUAUACUAAAAAACGAAGCUUCUGCUGUUUCUAAAGCUAUGAAUUCUAUCAGAUCCAGGAGGAGGAUCAUUCUUACAGGAACUCCUUUGCAAAACAAUCUCAUAGAAUAUCACUGCAUGGUUAAUUUCAUCAAGGAGAAUUUGCUUGGAUCAAUUAAGGAGUUCCGAAAUCGAUUUAUAAACCCCAUCCAGAACGGCCAGUGUGCUGAUUCCACGCUAGUAGAUGUGAGGGUGAUGAAAAAGCGGGCCCACAUCUUGUAUGAAAUGCUAGCUGGGUGUGUUCAGAGGAAAGAUUAUACAGCAUUGACAAAGUUCCUGCCCCCAAAACAUGAGUAUGUCCUAGCUGUUAGAAUGACUCCGAUUCAGUGUAAACUGUACCAGUACUACCUGGAUCACUUAACAGGUGUCAGCAACAGCAGUGAAGGUGGAAGAGGCAAAGCUGGAGCUAAACUCUUCCAAGAUUUCCAGAUGUUAAGCAGAAUUUGGACUCAUCCUUGGUGUUUGCAGCUGGAUUAUAUUAGCAAAGAAAACAAGGGUUAUUUUGAUGAAGACAGUCUUGAUGACUUCAUAGUUUCUGAUUCCGAAGAAACGUCAAUGAGCUUAAGCUCCGAAGAAGAUACUAAGAAGAAGAAAACAAAGGGCAAGAAAUCCAAGAAAGACAGUAGUUCCAGUGGGAGCGGGAGUGACAAUGACGUUGAAGUGAUUAAAGUCUGGAAUUCAAGAUCUCGGGGAGGGGGAGAAGGAGGAACUGUGGAGGAGCCAAUAAGCAACCCUCCCCUCAUUCUAAAGGCAGAGGAAGGUAAAAGUACUUCCUCCAAUCCCGGCAGCCCUGCCCCGGAUUGGUAUAAGGAUUUUGUGGUGGAUGCUGAUGCGGAAGUGCUGGAACAUUCGGGGAAGAUGAUGCUCCUCUUUGAAAUCUUGCGCAUGGCUGAAGAACUUGGAGAUAAAGUCUUAGUGUUCAGCCAAUCUCUGAUAUCCCUUGACUUGAUAGAAGAUUUUCUGGAGUUAGCAAACCGGGACAAAGAAGAAGGGAAGCCAGUAAUAUAUAAAGGUGAAGGAAAAUGGUUCAGAAAUAUUGAUUAUUAUCGUCUGGAUGGUUCUACUACUGCUCAGUCAAGAAAAAAGUGGGCUGAAGAGUUUAAUGAUGUAACCAACGUCAGGGGUCGUUUGUUUAUUAUUUCUACUAAGGCAGGAUCCCUUGGGAUAAACCUAGUAGCAGCAAAUAGAGUCAUUAUCUUUGAUGCUUCUUGGAACCCAUCUUACGAUAUUCAGAGUAUCUUCAGAGUGUAUCGUUUUGGACAAACUAAACCUGUAUAUGUGUACCGAUUUUUAGCUCAGGGAACCAUGGAAGACAAGAUCUAUGAUAGACAGGUCACAAAACAGUCGUUGUCUUUCCGAGUGGUUGAUCAGCAACAGGUUGAACGCCAUUUUACCAUGAAUGAACUCACGGAACUCUACACCUUUGAACCAGACAUACUGGAUGAUCCCAAUUCAGAAAAAAAGAAGAAAAGAGACACGCCCAUGUUACCCAAAGACACAAUUCUGGCUGAACUGCUGCAGAUUCAGAAAGAAUACAUAGUGGGUUAUCAUGAGCAUGAUUCCCUUCUGGACCACAAAGAGGAAGAAGAAUUGACUGAAGAAGAAAGGAAGGCCGCCUGGGCUGAAUAUGAAGCAGAAAAGAAGGGGCUGACAAUGCGCAUCAACAUGCCAGCGGGGCCAAACAUGUUCCCACCCAAUUUCACAUCUCAGACUCCAUAUAUUCCUUUCAACUUGGCGGCCUUGUCUGCGAUGAGCAACCAGCAAUUGGAGGACCUCAUUAAUCAAGGCAGGGAAAAAGUUGUGGAAGCAACGAACAACGUUACUGGAAUAAGAAUUCAACCCCUUGAAGACAUUAUUUCCUCUAUAUGGAAGGAGAACCUCACCCUCACGGAGACCCAGGUCCAGGCUUUGGCUCUGAGCCGCCAGGCAGCUCAAGAGCUGGAUGUGAAGCGCCGAGAGGCUAUUUAUAACGAUGUCUUGACCAAGCAGCAAAUGCUCAUCAGCUGCGUCCAGAGGAUCCUGAUGAACCGGCGGCUGCAGCAGCAAUUCAGCCAGCAGCAGCAGCAGCUCCCGCCGCAGCAGCAGCUCGUCUACCAGCAGGCUCAGCAGGCAGCCCUGAGCCAGCUGAUGAUGUCCAAGCCCCCGGGCUUGAUGCUGAACCCCUCCAACUUCCAGCAGAUCGACAUCCGGGGGAUGUACCAGGCUGGGGCUGGGGCCCUGCACCCCCCGCCCCUGCAGCGAGCGCCUCCCCCCAUGAGUGGCAAAAGCCCAGGACCCUCCCAAGGGAAGCCGAUGUGAUCCUGCAAUGGCCACUUGGAGGACUGGUAAAAUCAGAGAGAGAGAGAGACAACUUUUUAUUUUUUAUUUUUUUAGGAAUCAAUGGCUUAACAGAACUCACCUGUAUAAAUAGUUUCCCUCCCCUU